UACCCAGAAUCGCCACCGCCGCCUCCUCCUCCUCCUGACCCCGCCAUGAGCGCACCCGCCACCGGCCAGCCGCCGGUCGAUGCUGGCGGCGGCCGCAUCGGGUUGGGCAGGGAGCUGGGGCACCCGCCGAGGGACGGCGUCUCCAACCUCCGCUUCUCGAAGCACAGCAACCGCCUCCUCGUCUCCUCAUGGGAGAAGGCGGUGCGGCUCCUGGACGUCGAUGCCGCCACCGACGCGCUGGUGGGGGCGUUCCCGCACAAGAGGCCCGUGCUGGACUGCUGCUUCCACGAUAACGACUCCUCGGCGUUCAGCGCCUCCAGCGACCACGUCGUGCGGAGGCUGUCCUUUAGUUCCAAAACUAGUUAUCGCUUGGGAACCCAUGAUGGUCCAGUUCGCUGUGUGGAGUACUCCGAUACUACAGGUCAAGUAAUCACUGGAAGCUGGGAUAGGACUAUAAAGUGUUGGGAUCAAAGAGGUGCGACUGGGCCACAAUAUACACUUAUUGGGACACACACCCAACCUGAACGUGUGUACGCACUUUCAUUAGCAGGACAUAAGUUGGUUGUUGCAACAGCAGGAGAGCAUGUGAAUGUUUAUGAUUUGCGUAAUAUGUCUGAGCCUCAGCAAAGGAAGUCUUUUCUGAAUUCUCAAACACGCUGUGUUGAGUGUUAUCCAAAUAAAACUGGAUUUGCUUUGGGUAGUACAGACGGACGAGUCGCCAUGGACUUCUUUGACCAAUCUGAGUCUAGUCUCGAAAAGAGGUAUUCUUUCAAGUGCCAUCGAUUGACCGAGGACAGAGGGAGGGUUGCAUAUCCUGUUAAUGCAAUUGCAUUCCACUCAGUACAUGGAACGUUCGCCACGGGCGGAUGUGAUGGAUUUGUGUACACUUGGGAUGGAGAAAAGAAAAAGAGAUUGUUUCAGUCCCCCAAGUACCCAACCAGCAUUGCUGCUCUGUCUUUCAGCAAGGAUAACAAUCUGCUCGCUGUUGCAUCCAGUUACACCUACGAAAGGGGAAAAAUAGAGAAUGAACCUGCUACUAAGAUCUUUAUCCGCGAUGUCAACGAAGUGGAAGUAAAGCCGAGGCACUGAUGAUUGAGGUGCGCUUUCUUCGACAGGUUGCUUGUUCCCGCUUUAGUUCAGAGGCUCACUGGAGUAUGAGACAUAAGCACUUAGUUUUAGCUGAAACUGUGGAUUCGUUCUAAUACUCGUUACAAACCUGGGGUUUUACAGUAGUACAGUUUUGCCAUUACUUGAUGAUAUAAUAGCACUCCAAUUGUACAGACAUUCCAAAGAUAGCUCCCAUUUGCACCGAAAGUUGUAAUCUCUCGAACAAAGUUGUAGUAAAUCCGUCGUCACCCUGGCA